UCGUAACUGGAAAAAGUAUCACCAGGUACAUCACACAUUUUUAGAUGAAGAUAAAUGUGACUUAGGAUCAACAUGAAACCAGUAUGAUCUGAUGUCUUACUGGGUAGAUUAAUGUCCAGCACCAUUGAUUGGUGACUGGUGAAUCCAGCGGAACUGGUUCGGGCUCAGCAGCAGGAGGAUCUUCAGUGGAAGGUGAGAUUUCCUUCACAUCUACAAUGAACAGCAGGAGGCCAUCAGACUCAAAGCAGAACCUGUCCAGAAAGCUUGAUGUUAGGAGAAGAAGGCUCGGUUCUCCUCGUCAGAAUUAAAUCACCUUGAACUAAUUCACAACCAGAGAAGAACCUAAAAGAUUCCAGGAGAUUUAUGGGUUCGGGUGGACAUCCUGUAAGAUUUGAUGUUUCAGGCUUCUCCUCUUCGUGUUUCCAAAGCUUCAGAGCUCAGAACAUUCCAGCAGGGGGUGAAUCUUUGCUCCUCUGACUCCUCUGUGUUGAGGGUUUAUUCUGAAAGAGGAAGCAGGUGUUACGGAGGAGGUCUGUGGAACUUGACUCCUCCUCCUCCUCCUCCUGCUUGUCCCCAGCAGACCCCCCCAGAGAGGCAGAGAGGACGAGGCAGCGGACCGAGUAGCACCGAGGUCCGGAUAGAGCAGCGCUGGGUCAGCGGGCAGAGUGUGACUGACCCGGGUUGAGGAGACCGGAACCGGCUGGGACCUUCAAGGAGACAUCAGGGAGGGUCUGUGGAGGUCUGGACGCUGGAGGCUGGAUUAUUGCACUCUCCUCUGAUCUCCACAGUCAGUUCAGGAGGACACACUGCUGUCCGGGAACCCGGGAUCCGGGGCCUGGCUGAGGGUCCAGUCAGCGCGCACGGUGCGCGUCCCGGAGGAGGAGGAUCCAGAGGACAUCAGGAGUGAAGCUGAAGGAGCCGCAGAGAGCGCUGCCUCCACCUGAAGCGGACACUAUGAGGGUGCUGCUGCUGCUGCAGGGGGCUCUGUGUGCAGGUUUGAGCCAUGGGGAGGUCGACACCAGGGAGUGCCUUUACUACAACGUCAACUAUGAGUUGGAGAAGACCAAUCAGAGCGGAGUGGAGCUGUGUGAGAACGAGGCCGACAAACGCUCGCACUGCUACGCCUCCUGGAGGAAUAACUCAGGUUACAUCGAGCUGGUGAAGAAAGGAUGCUGGCUGGAUGAUUUCAACUGCUACGACCGGCAGGAAUGUGUGGCGACGGAGGAGAGUCCUGAUGUCUUCUUCUGUUGCUGUGAAGGAAACCUCUGCAAUGGGAGGUUCACCCACCUGCCUGACAUCAGCAGCCCAGUGAUGAAGGCUCCGCCCAGCAGCGCUGAUGUGUUGAACGUGCUGAUUUACUGUCUGUCGCCGGCCACCAUGCUGUCAGUGGUUCUGCUCGUCGCCAUCUGGAUGUACCGACACCACAAACUGCCGUACGGACACGUGGACAUCAGUGAGGAUCCUGGUCCUCCCCCUGCCUCCCCCCUGCUGGGUCUGAGACCCCUGCAGCUGCUUGAGGUGAAGGCUAUGGGGCGCUUUGGCUGUGUGUGGAAGGGCCAGAUACUGAAUGAAUAUGUGGCUGUGAAGAUCUUCCCCAUCCAGAAUAAGGAGUCGUGGCAGAAUGAGAGAGAAGUGUUCCUCACGCCAGGAAUGAGGCAUGAGAACAUCCUGAGAUUCAUCGGAGCGGAGAGACGAGGGAGUCACCUGGAGACCGAACUGUGGCUCGUCAGCGAGUUCCACGAGAGGGGAUCUCUGUCGGACUUCCUCAAGGGAAGCAUGGUCAGCUGGUGUGAGCUUUGCCACAUAGCUGAGUCGAUGGCCCGCGGCCUGGCGCACCUUCAUGAGGACAUCCCUGGACUGAAAGGGGAUAAACAUAAACCGGCCAUCGCUCACAGGGACUUUAAGAGUAAGAACAUCAUACUACGUUCAGAUCUCACUGCGGUCAUCGCUGACUUUGGCCUGGCUGUUUGCUUUGAGCCAGGGGAACCACCUGGAGAGACGCACGGACAGGUGGGCACCAGGCGCUACAUGGCUCCAGAGGUCUUAGAAGGAGCCAUCAACUUCCAGAGAGACGCCUUCCUCCGGAUCGACAUGUACGCCGUGGGGCUGGUGCUGUGGGAGGUGGUGAGCCGCUGCAGGGCUGCCGACGGUCCACUGGAUGAGUACAUGCUGCCAUAUGAGGAGGAGGUUGGUCAGCAUCCAUCGCUGGAGGACCUGCAGGAAGUCGUGGUCCACAAAAAGAUGAGACCUGCCAUCAAAGAGUUCUGGCUCAAACACAGCGGUCUUGCUCAGAUCUGUGAGACUGUGGAGGAAUGCUGGGAUCACGACGCCGAGGCUCGCCUGUCAGCCGGCUGCGUGGAGGAGAGAAUCUCCCAGAUCCGGCGCCACACCACCAACAUUGCCCCGCCUACCUCUGACAUGGCCAUCACCGUGGUAACCAACAUGGAGCCGCCGCCAAAAGAGUCCAGUGUUUGAAGAGGACCGGUCCGCGUUCUUCAUGUGGUUUCCUGUCUCUGUCUCAGCACCCACCUUCAGCUACGACUCAGUGAAUGCUCUUCUGUCGUUCUUCUGCCCUCUGCUGGAUUCUUGAUGUUAUCUCGGAUCUCGGAACGUUUCUUUGCUAAAAUGCUGGAGACAGGAAGCCUUAAACCUGAUGUUCUCAGAUUUUUUUCAUGGACUUGUUUUGUUAUUAUUGGGUCACAUGACCUUUUCGCAACCUCAGACAAACCUUCGGAUCCGACGGGUUGAAAGAAAGUAACAGAAAGUGAGAUCAGAAGGAAAACUGAACAUCUGCUCUGGAUUAAAGCUGACAUGAAUAUUGAUCUGAUUGGAUGCCUGAGCUCAGCCAAUCAGAGUUUGUUUGGCCAGAAAUAAAACUCCUCAGGUAACCUGGACCGCAGAGGUCGGCUGGGAGUCAAAGAGGGGGUGUGGCUUAUGUCAGCUGUGGCUGGUAAAACCUUUAGUGGGCGUGGCUCAGAAAGGUGCUGAAACCAGAAAAUGUUCCUUUAAAAAUGGUGCUAGACCUCAUGGUGCAAAUUAUGUGUGUGCGUGUGUGUGUGUGUGUGUGUGCGUGUGUGCGUGUGUGUGCGUGUGUGUGUGUGUGUGCGUGUGUGUGUGUGCGUGUGUGUGCGUGUGUGCGUGUGUGUGCGUGCGUGUGUGUGUGCGUGUGUGUGUGUGUGUGCACUCCCGUUUGUGUGGCUGAGUGAGAACCGUUUGUUGUAAAGUGAGGACAUCUUCACGGUCCUCACUUGCUAUUUCACUAAGGGUUAGGACUAGGACCAAAGUAUGAAUUGAGUUAAGGCUAGGCUUAGGGUGAUGUAUGUACUGGUACUGGUACUGGUACUGGUUAGGGUCAGGGUCAGGGUCAGGUCAUAGAAAGGGUUGAAAAUAAAUGGAAGUCAAUGAGAGUCAAUGCAAGAUCCUCACAACAUAUAGGAAGACAAGUGUGUGUGUGUGUGUGUGUGUGUGUUAUUUACUGAACUUGCUGAUUGGCUCAUUCAUCUGCCUCCGUUUUUACCUGGAGGUCAGUGACAAUCCUGUGACCUUUGGCCUCCAACAGCGCCACACUGUGGUUGAUCUUCUCAAGAACACAUGAAUGAAAUGAGCUGCAGCUUGAUGGAAAUCAGGGAAUACUCUGAUGAACAAAUAAUCCCAGUUCUACCAGGUACUUAGAGCCUGCAGCGCCACCUGCUGAUCACUACACACAGCAGUUAAUUUACACCACUGCAGCUUUGGAACCAAACCUAAUGAAGGUUUUCCAUCCAGAGUUCUGCUGCAGAUUUCCAUGAAAGUUGGAUGGACCACAGCUGCUGUUUCACACAUUCCUGCUGCAGCAAACACUGCAGCUGAUGACAUGUGCAAAAGUUCCCAAAGCAUCAUUUCUGUGCUCUGAUUGGCUGGAAUGAGCAGCUGCUUUCUCUCCCACUCACACUGAGUAUGUCUCCAAGCUUGAGAGUUUCAGGGGCAAAGGUGUCUCUUGUCCAUCUGGGAUCAUAGAGCGCUGCUCAGCUGGUCCCUCAGUCAAGGUUCUGGAGACUGAAUCAGCUCUCAUUUUGAUCCUGAAAAGGAAAGCUCCACUUUGUUCCUGAUGUUGAUGAUGGCUGCAAAACAGAUCUCCAUCUUCAGGCAGGAAGUCAGAAACUAAGUGUAAAUGGAGAAGCUGAAGGACUUAUAUCAACUUUCCUGGAACACGCGAUGGUUCUGCAGCUUUGUCAGAUGAAUGGUGGCUUUCCUGGUUUAACACCAGUCUGGUUUCUACAGAGGUCAAAGGUCACCAGUGUCCUCUCUGUCCCUCUCUAUUCUGUUGCCUUUAACUGGGACCAAACCUGAGGCAAGUGGCCGUCACCUCCAACUCUUCACGUGUUCCUGUUUGUUCUAACACCAACCAGAACCUGUGUUGUUGUUCUGUUUGUGUCCCUUCUGUGUUGCCGUACAGCUAACAGUGAAUGUGUGCCAUGAUGAUGUCUGUUUUCCUCUGGCUGCGUUGGACACAUGCAGCUCUGCUCUGGAAUCCGAAAUGACUGAUGAACAUGUGGAUGAAGGAGGAGCUGCAGCUCAGAUCACCUCAGUACCUCAGAAAUACCUCAGAAGACAUCUUCAGUCUUCAACCUGCUGCUUUUCUACUUUGUUAGUCACAAUGUUUCUACUGUUUCUUCUAUUUUUAGGAUUUUAGAGGAUUUGAAAGUUUUCCAUGUUUUGAAUCUUACAUCUGAGAGAAUCCUGGGCUUGACUUCCUCCAUCAUCCUCUUCCUCCUCUGGCUCAGUUCAGCUUUCCUCUCCAUUUUCCUCAUCUCCUCGGAAAGAUUUGCUGAAACUCUGUGGGGAAGUUUUCUGUAGGAGGAAACCUUCAGACAAUCUGAGGACAACAUUUCAUCAGAUUGUGCAAUGCUGUCACACCUAGCUUGACCUCAUUCCAGUCUUAAGCCAGAGAGCGUGUGCUGCUCAGUGAUCAGGAUAGCUACAGUUAGCAGUCCAAGCUAAGAAGGUACGUUAGAACGCUGCAGCAACAUGUUGGCUAACAGAGGCAGGACACUCUGGCUGAGGGCACAAACUGUCAGAAAUACUGAGCAACACGUUCUCACCGCAGCUAUCAGAACUUCUACAUGUGGAGCAGCUAUGUUGGUUUUUAAGGUCAGAGUCGAUGGGGAACCUUUUAUUUUCCAGGUCUGAACUCUGACCUCAGGGAUUCUCCAGCUGCUUCUUUCCCACUUAGACGUCAGAGAGUUUAGAAAUGGAAACUGAUCAGCCAUCACUGACCCGGUUGAUCUGGUGUUUCCUCGGCAGCAGCAUCACUAACAGCGUGGUUGGUAGUGCUGAAGGUAAACAGCAGGGGGAGCUGUGGGCAGUGUUUCUGGUGUCUCCAACAGUUCAUCUGAGGUCACCAUUUAAAGUUGGAUUUUCAACAAACGUUCAGAUGUUUCUUUCAGAGACAUUCCAGCAUCUGUUUGUUUUCUGUGAUGUUCUUCUGUUUCCUCUGUUGGACACAUGAACUCAGACCUUCAGAGACGUGAUGUCUACACAUGGAACCACCGUCACCAUUAGAACCAGUGGUGGAACCAAUCCAGAUCAGGGACUGAUGGGAUUGUAGCCAUGCUGUGAUUGAUAGGAGGGGUUUCCCAGGCAUCUUACCAGGCGCUCAUGGAGAACAAACUGCUGCUGUUUGUAAAGCAGAGAUGAAAAAUGAAACUUGGAGGUUUUAUGAUGACAUCAGAGUCACAUGACUCUUUCCUGCUUCUGCUUCCUGAAAACAGGAAAGCGUUUUCCUCCCACGGAUGCUUUCUGGCAUAGUUGCUUCUCUGUUUAUCCAAAAACUAUCCGGAAGGAUUGUCCAGAGCUUCAGAUCCACCUGGAGGAGAUGAGGUCUAGGAGAGAGUUGGAGGACAGGUUGAACUGAACAUAGAGGCAGCCAUCUUUAUCAGAACCAGUCCUCCUCCACCCUGUCCUUUAUGUUGCAGAACUGAGCCAUAAACUGGUUUCCAUCGAUUAAAACAGCAACUUCAUCUUUUUAGAUAAUAUCUGCAGAGAGAGGAAGAUGAAGGAAAUGCAGGCUGACAGGAAGAAGCAACAUUUCACAAAAUAAAAGCCUCUCAGCAGAUGUUUUCCAUCCUGCUAUUAAAAUCUCCCAGUUUGGAUCAGAUGUUUGGAUGAUAUUUCUGUGACAUCUGAUUAAAAUCUCCUUUCUUUGUUCUGUGGUGGUUUGUAGAUGAGGAGCUUUUAUUGGUUGAGGCUGUUUGUUUCUGAAUAAACUGGUUCUAUCUUCCUGUGUUCGGGA